AUGAUGUUGAGGUCUGCUGCUAACAAACUUGCUGGCUGUCGUGGUUUAGCCACUAAUGCUGCCCGUAAGUCGCUUACCAUUGGGUUAAUACCCGGCGAUGGUAUUGGUAAGGAGGUUAUUCCGGCGGGUAAGCAGGUGCUCCAAAGUUUGAACCCUAAGCAUGGUUUGAACUUUGACUUCAUUGAUCUGCAAGCCGGUUUCCAGACUUUUCAAGACACUGGCAAGGCCCUUCCUGACGAAACCGUUCAAAUAUUGAAGGAAAAAUGCCAAGGUGCUCUCUUCGGUGCAGUCCAAUCUCCUACCACCAAAGUGGAAGGAUACUCCUCUCCAAUUGUGGCUCUGAGAAAGGCUAUGGGUCUGUACGCCAAUAUCCGUCCAGUUAAGUCUGUAGAGGGCUCAAACGAGAGGCCCGUUGAUAUGAUCAUUGUGAGAGAAAAUACAGAGGAUCUAUACAUUAAAAUUGAAAAGACCUAUAUUGACAAGGCCACCGGUACCAGAGUAGCUGAGGCGACUAAAAGAAUCUCUGAGAUCGCCACGCAAAGAAUUGCCACUAUUGCCUUGGACAUCGCUUUGCAGAGGUUGCAAAACAACGGGAAAGCCACGUUGACAGUCACCCAUAAGUCAAACGUCCUAUCUCAAAGUGAUGGUCUAUUCAGAGAAGUCUGCAGGGAAAUGUAUGAAGCGAACAAGGACAAAUACGCCGGCAUCACAUACAACGAGCAGAUUGUCGACUCCAUGGUAUACAGAAUGUUCAGAGAGCCUGAAUGCUUCGAUGUAAUUGUUGCUCCAAACCUAUAUGGUGACAUCUUAUCUGACGGUGCGGCUGCACUUGUUGGGUCGCUAGGUGUAGUCCCAAGUGCUAACGUGGGUCCCGAGAUCGUGAUCGGUGAGCCAUGCCAUGGUUCCGCUCCUGAUAUUGCCGGAAAGGGUAUUGCUAAUCCAAUUGCGACUAUCAGGUCUACGGCUCUAAUGCUGGAGUUUUUGGGUCACAACGAAGCAGCCCAAGAUAUCCACAAAGCUGUUGAUGCAAACUUGAGAGACGGGUUAGUGAAAACUGCCGAUCUUGGCGGUAACGCUACAACUCAAAAUGUUGUCGAUGAUAUCUUGGCCAGACUAUAA